AACGCUUUAUUAAGCAAUAUUUCAAGUCAAAAUUCGUUCAUUUUCUGCAACUUGCCAUGGAAAGACCUCGUAAAAGAACCAGAACUGUUUGUCCUGGAUGUGAUCAGUCAUAUUCCUCACGAUAUUUUAUCGAACAUAAAAAAGAAAAUUACUUUGGAGGGGACAAAUGGCUUUGCUCAACAAAGAUAGGUAAUGUUGAAAACACCGCUGCAUUUGACCAUCACUUAUAUGAUUAUGACGAUGAUGAAACUGACGAAAGCCUGAUUUGUACGUCGGAUGACCCAAUACUGGACGUCGAUGGUCACCAAGAGGAGUCGCAUAAUUCGAAGGGAGAACAAACCAACCAAAAUAGCGCGGGAACGAGCUGUCACGUUGCAGAAUUGCCCAUCGAAGCCGGUCAUAUGAGCGAUGAAGAGUUAGAUGACGAAAACGAACAAUGGGAUGAAGAAAUAGAAGAAGUCAGAAAUGACACUGAUCAGAAAGAAGCAGAUCAAUAUACAAAACAAAAAUGCGCUGAACAUGGGCUAUUGAAAUGGAUUUGCCUUUUUAUAAGUGUAUGGCAAGCAACAUCUGCCAUACCGGUAACGCUAUCAGAUUACUACUAGAAUUUUUAAGUGCCCUUUUCAAGAUUCUCGGGAAACACUGCGCAUUUGUCGCUAAUUUGGCUGCCGUAUUUCCUUCUUCAAURCAUACAUUGUGGAAAAUUCUUAAGAUAGAUGGAGACGAAUUCAUAAAGUUUGCUGUAUGCCCCAAAUGCAAUUCACUGUACACGUUAAAGGAAGCUGUAAUAACCGAUAUUGGAGGAAGGAAACGAAGCCUUAAGUGUACUUAUGUAAAAUUCCCUAGUCAUCCUCAUGCGGCAAGAAGACGUCCAUGUGGAGAAAACAUAAUGAAAGAAGUUAUGCUGAAAGGGGAAAAGAAGUCUUUUUAUCCUCGUAAAGUAUACUGCUAUAAAAGUGUAAUCGAUUCCCUACGAAAAUGCGUGUCAUCAAGUGCUUUUCAAAUGGACUGUGRAAAAUGGAAAAAUCGCAAGCUGCCUGAAGACGUUUUUGCUGACGUCACAGAUGGUAAAGUCUGGAAGGAUUUCAAAAACUUCCUAAAUCAAUUUGGCAACUAUGGGUUGAUGCUAAACUUUGAUUUUUUCCAGCCUUUCAAACAUGGAACGAAUUCUGUUGGGGUGAUAUAUUUAACAGUCAUGAAUCUCCCAAGAUCAGAGCGCUUCAAGCUCAAGAACGUAAUACUCGUGGGUAUCAUACCUUCUAUCAAUAGAGGUACAUCUAUAAAUCCUUUUCUUGCCCCAUUAGUUAAAGAAUUAGAAGAAUUAUGGGACUUAGGAUUUCAGUCAAAGUCUUUCUUAAAUGGAGCAAUACAUACUUUCAAAGCAGCGUUGCUUUGYGUGGCAUGUGAUCUGCCUGCCGCAAGAAAAGUUUGUGGGUUUUUGUCCCACUCAGCAAAGCGUGGCUGUUCAAAGUGCUUUGAAGUAUUUGGUGGGGAUUUUGGAAAGAGAGACUAUUCCGGUUUCGAUAGGGAAAACUGGGGAGAGAGAAACGACAAAAUCCAUCGGGAUGCGUGUGAAAAAUUGAAAACCUGCUGUACUCAAGAAAAACUAUCAAACCUUUAAAGUGAAUUGGGGACGCGAUGUUCUGUAUUAAAUAAUUUGUCUUACUUCUCUGCAGUUAGAUUUUGCAUCAUAGAUCCCAUGCAUAAUUUGUAUCUUGGGACUGCAAAAAAAAUGAUUGAAAUUUGGAUUGAAAAAGGAAUAUUAACGGAAGACAAACUCCGUGAAAUCCAGAAGAGGGUAGACAGUGCAGAAGUAGCAAGUGACAUUGGUCGCAUUCCUUCAAAUAUAGCGUCAAGUUUUGGAGGCUUCACAGCAGAUCAAUGGAGAAGCUGGACAAACCUUUUUAGCAUAAGUGCGUUACAAGGAAUUUUGCCGAAAAAACACUUGGAGUGCUGGCGAAUAUUUGUCCAGGCAUCACGUCUGCUCUCUUCUCGCGUGAUUCGUUUAAAUGAAGUAUUAGAAGCAGAUAGACUUUUAUUAAAGUUCUGCAAAACAAUUGAAACCUUGUAWGGCGUAGACGUUGUUACACCCAAUAUGCAUUUGCAUUGCCAUCUGAAAGAGUGUAUCAUUGAUUAUGGUCCUGUCUUUUCUUUCUGGUGCUUCAGUUUUGAAAGGUACAAUGGCAUUUUAGGAAAAUACUCAACAAAUCAAAGAUCUAUUGAAAUUCAGUUGAUGCGCAAAUNGACUGUGCGCAGUUUGGCAAAUCAGGCAAUGGAUACAGAUGCAGAUUUUGUCUUUGCGACGUUUAUGGAAGGAAAGAUAGACAAGACGAUGAAUCGCGAAAUGGCCRAAAAGAUAAUCGACAGAAUGCCGGACGGCGAUUACCGUUUGGAAUUGACAUUCGUAAAAUACUUAGACGGCGAAUGGGUGAUAGAAAAGGGCCGUAAUCCAAUCAGGGCGUCUGGUAAACGAAACCUAUUUGUUUUGAAUAAGCAAACGAAACCAGGUGCACUAGAGGGAAUUGACAUGCUCUUCUACGAAGUUGCUUACCCGGUUACCGUUGUCAUUUACGGCGCGUACGAGAUUAAGGAGCCGGAUGUUAGAAAGUUGCAACCAAUGAGACAUCCGGGUAAUUGCGUUGGAAACUUGUCGGAGGUUCCGUNUGACAUCUACCUGCUGCGCCCUCCAAGACAAAUAAAACUGUUUACUUCUCUGGAGCACGACAACAUUAAAUCCGCAUAUAAAUUGUUGUAUCCGCAAAUACAAGACAAAAAUGCCCAAGUUGAAAUACCAAAAGCAUUUUCACGUUACAAGUCAUUUUCCUUUGCCGGCGAAAAUUUUGGCUCCGAGCUUACUAAGAGUGAAAGAUCCUCUCUUAUAAUGGCAUCAUGGGUCGGGUAUGAUGGAAACAUUGCUCUUCGAUCAAGAACGAGACCAGGAAGAGUACAAUAUUAUUUGCUGYAUAACAUAACUGAUGCCAAUGGUGUUUGUAAACCUCAUUUAUUUGCAAAAGUUAGUUGGUUUCAGGCUCUAGACGACGACGUGAGAAAUCUUUGUGGCGAUCCUGUAGAGCUGUGGUGCAGAAGCUUAURCGAAAUCGAUGGUCCUGCAAGCUUCAUCCCAGUUCAACGCAUACGGUGCAAAUGUAUAGCUUCAAUUCAUCUGUAUAAACAUGAACAGCUUCUGGCUAUUACGCCAAGGGAACGUUCUUUUAAUAUUUAGCAAAUCAUUUGUAUAUCAGUCCGGUAUCAGUUUAGGGUAUUGUGUGAUGCUUGUGAUCGAUGUGAGACUUUUUUUC